GGGUCGUUGGGUCUACAAAGUCGUUUGGAAUGGAUAACCUUUGUCAAGCCAUCCAUGAAAACAGUCAACAUAAUGCACAAAACGCACCUGUAUAGAAAACACAAGUAGUUCGGUAUUAAAUCUGCUGUCUGUUUUCGGUUGAGCGAUUUCUGGUUACACACAUCGUGAAUUCAAUCGUUUCACUGCGUCCACGGAUACAAAUGAGCCUUUUGCAUUGUGGGCGUUGGUUAACUGGGAAUUGAGCUGCAGACACAGGCAAGUGCGGCUGACUGGUUUGACAUGGAGCUGUUCGAAGCAAAAAAUCUCAAAGUCUCCCUUUACGAUAAGGGGACGACAAUCAGAGAAAUUGCUGCUGAAAAAGUCAAAGUGCAAACCGACCCAGAAAGAGAGGAAUUGGAUGACCCUUUUUUUAUAUUCGACAUCGGUGACGUCAUCGCUAAAGACAGGCAAUGGAGGGAUUUACUACCAUCUGUGGAAACAUUCUAUGCUGUUAAGAGCAACCCAGACCCAGUGAUCGUGAAGCUGAUGCUAGCACUUGGGAGAGGCUUUGAAUGCGCUAGUAAGAAUGAGAUUCAGAUGGUGUUGGAUCUUGGGGCAAGUCCUGAAAAUGUAAUUUUUGCUCAUCCUUACAAGCAAGAAUCGCAUAUUCGAUUUGUCCAGGAGAAAGGGGUGCGGAAGAUGACCUUUGACACGGAAGAGGAACUUUACAAGGUCAAACGGAUAUAUCCGGGUGCAGAGCUAGUUCUACGGAUAAUAUACGACAGCAAGACGGCCAUGUUUGUAACUGGAGUUAAGUUUGGCUGCCAUGAGGAAGACGUGCUCCCUCUUCUAACACUGGCUAAGAAACUUGAGUUGGAUGUCGUUGGGGUCAGUUUCUAUAUUGGAACUGAGCUUCAAGACAAGGAUGUUUUUGAAGGAGUAAUACAGUAUGUGAGCCCAAUGUUUAAAUUGGGGCGUUCUCUGGGUCUUAGCAUGAAUCUAUUGGAUCUUGGAGGUGGGUUCCCCGGAAGGUUGCGCCCGAAGACACCCUUUGAGGAGUUUGCAGAUAGUAUAAAGAUGUCUUUGGCAAAGCAUUUCCCACCAAGCCGUGGUGUUCGAGUCGUCGCUGAGCCAGGCACGUUCUACACACGAUCAGCGGGAUGGCUCCUGGCUAAUAUAAUGGCCAAACGUUUCUACAAAGGACCCCAGGGUGUCCAAAACGUCGUCCAAAACGGUGAAGGGGAUGUCAAAAAUGUUGAAGAAUAUCCAGUUAUGAUGUACUACCUGAAUGUUGGCAUUUACAAUUCAUUGUUGAUGUCAUUUCUGGACCAAACUUACUUCGACCUUCCGGAGCCGCUAAAGACUUCAAGAAAGGACGCUGACCUCAAAUUGUCUCGUCUUUGGGGCCCAACUGGUGAUGGCGAUGACGUUAUAGUCACCCGCUGUAUGUUGCCUGACAUGGACGCAGGAGAUUUCUUAAUCAUUUCCGAUGCUGGAGGCUACACUACCACGUGUGCAACCACAUUCAACGGUUUCUGCAUACCCAAGACGUGUUACAUCGCACCCCAGGAAACAAGAUCUGUCCUGGAGGAAGCGUUCCCAUUGUAAUAAUAGACAUAACAUCAAUGACAAGACGAACAUGAGAAUUCUCAACGUUAGUAAUACUAAUAUUGGCUUAUUAUGAGCGCACAUAUCCGUCACGUAGUGACGCUCAUUGCUUGCACAUACAAUUGUGCUAUACUCCUAGGUGAAGGGUUGUGACCGGGAUUCGAACCCUCGCCCGGUCACAAGAACUCGAAUUUGAUGCUCAAAACUUCUCGGCCAUGACGCCCUUUAUUCGACACAUUGAAAUGACUCCAGUCAGAACACCAUCUCAUUAUAAUGCUUUUAUUUUUGCUCUUUAUAUCACUUAGAAUAUAACAACCGUUCUUUACAAUACUAUAGUAAGUCUAAUGCAAGAGUAGAUUAUAUUGUAAGGAAAAUAUAAAGCACAUAACGAGAGUAUACUUUUGAAGGUAAUGGACACUAUUGGUAAUUACUCAAAGUAGUUAGCAUAACAACUUACUUGGAAACAAUCAAUGGAGAACUGUU